AUGAAGGAGGCGAUCGACAUCAUGACCAGGCAGGAGGUGCUCGUGCAGCAGAUUUUCCGGUUCAGGUUCACAAAGAGGUGCUUCGAGCAGGUCAUCCUGCGCUGGGAGAUGAACACUGCGCCCGAGCUCCCAAAAGAGGUUCACUUCUCUUGCGCUCUCCAGUUCGUGCUCACGCUCACACUGACGCACAGACGUGCGCACAGCCUCAGCCAGCCGCUCGAGCUCCGCCGCCAGGGGGCCGAGGAGGAGUCGUACUUCAACAUGGACGACGACGGCUCGCUGCCGCUCUCUAGCACGCCGCUGCUCACUCGUCACUAG